GCCCUCUGUGUUAGUGGCCCGGUUCCCGAGUCUGCUCCAGCUCCAGCUGUCGCGCGCCUCGGUACCUGUCGGUCACUGCCCCAGAGCCAGUGCCCCUGACCAUUGGGGCCAGGGAAAGUCAUGGUGUCCCUACCCGGGUCCCCUGCGACCAAUCUGCUGCAGGUGUUGCUCCUGGGGCUGAGUACCUUCGCACCCGCCACCUGUGCCCAGGUCGAGCUGCACGUGCCGGAGGGCCUCUCCCGUCUGGAAGCAGUGGAGGGAGAGGAAGUGGUGCUCCCGGCCUGGUACACCUUUAAAGGGGAGAAGGCUUCGGCGCAGGGCAGGCCUUGGGAGGAGCUCACCUUGAUGUGGUUCUUGGGACAAGAAGGGAAGGAGCAGAAACAGGUGCUGUCGCACAUCAGUGGGGCCACGUCCAGCGAAGCAGGGGUAUCCCUGGUCUACUCCAUGCCCUCCCGGAACGUGUCCCUGCGGCUGCAGGGCCUCCGGGAGAAGGACUCCGGGUCCUACUUCUGCUCUGUGACCGUGCAAGACCGUCAGGGCAGCAACCGGAGCCACAGCAGCAAAACGCUGGAGCUGGACGUGUGGGUUCCUCCGGCUCCUCCAUCCUGCCGCCUCCUGGGCGUGCCCCGUGUGGGGACCAACGUGACCCUGAGCUGCCAGGCCCCCAGGAGUAAGCCCGCUGCCCGCUACCAGUGGGCGCGGCCACCCCCGUCUUCCCAGGUUUUCUAUGCACCAGCUUCAGAUGCCAUCGAUGGGUCUUUAAGACUCAAAAACCUUUCCAUGUCUAUGUCUGGAGUCUAUACCUGCAAGGCCUACAACCACGUGGGCAAUGCCCAAUGCAACGUGACCGUAGAGGUAAUCACAGGGCCUGGGGCUGCGGUGAUUGCCGGCGCUGUGGUGGGCACCCUGGUGGGACUGGGGCUGCUGGCCGGACUGGUCCUUUUGUACCGACGCCAGGGUAAGGCCCUAGAGGAGCCAGCCAAUGAUAUCAAGGAAGACGCCCUCGCUCCUCGGACUCAGCCCUGGCCCAAGGGCUCAGACACAGUCUCCAAGAAUGGGACCCUUUCCUCUGUCACCUCAUCACCAGCCCUCAGACCACCCCAAGGCCCUCGCAGGCCUGUCGCCGUGACCCCCACGCCCAGCCUGGGCAGGGUCUCUUCCUCUGCUCUGAGCCGCAAGGGCGCUGUCCCCGUGAUGGUGCCCGCCCAGAAUCAGGCUGGCUCUCUGGUGUGACGGCCCAGGCCCAGCCCUCUGCUGGCAGAGCCCUCAGGUCUCCCUCCUGCCCAUAGGAACCGCUAUAGGGGUCGCCCCAGCACGAGGCCCGAAUUCCAGGAGGGUGGCCACCUUCCAGAUCGCCAGUCCUCUGGCCCCGCCUUCCUUCACCCUGGAAAACCUGGGUCUCAGUUAAGACUCCAACUUCCAGGAGGUCGAAGAUGAGAAAAUGGGCCUGGGUUAGAAAGAGCCUAACCUCCGCCCCAGGGCCUCCCCAACACUGCGGACGAGCCAGCGGUGCAGAGAUGAGCUGCCCUCCCCCACAGGGCCCUGGUGGGGCUGCCAAUCAAUGAGUGCUCCGCCCCCUCGGUCUCUAUCUCACCCACACCUAACACCCCUCCCACUCCAGCUCCCCGGAUUCAUGUGACCUCUCCUGCUGACUUGGCUGGGUUUUGUCCCGGCAGCGGUAGGGGAGAUAUUUGUUAAACUAACUUGAAAUGCGUGUUUUGGAAUGUGUGUUUUUGUUUUUUAUUUUACAAAUUUCAAUAAAGAUACAU